CUGCUCAUGAUAUCACUGGCCACGUGGGAUUUGAUGUGUGGUUGCCUCGUCAUGCCCCUCGGGGUCAUUGAAGUGAUCGAGAACGGGAUCUGGGUAUUUGGUUACGGACUAUGCAUGGCGCGAGAUUUUAUGAAUUACACCUGGGUUUGCUCGUCUCUGCUCCACGUCAACUUUAUGUCUUUGGAUAGGUUUCUGGCCAUAUGUCGACCCCUGCGGUACAGGCUACUAACCAACAGGACGGGUUAUAUCAUGGCGGCGGUUUCUUGGAUAUUCCCCGUCGUUUUAAACCUAGUGCUUCUUUUUGUCAAUCAUGCGUACAGCGACCCACACAGCACUAAAUAUUAUUGCACCGGGAAGGAAUGCUCCCAGGUUAUAAGCCGUGGCUACCUCUUAUUCAGUUUGGUGUUGAUAUACUGUGUUCCCUUCAUUUGCACGUACGUUCCAUACUUCCUUAUUAUGAGAAAAGUUCAACAGUUAAAGAAUAAACGAAACAUUCUUACAGCCAAAAAACAUCAACAGUGUGUAAGCCAUAACGUCAAGUACCCGGAUAAGGAAAAAAGGCUCAGAGAAAAUGGUAUCAAGAGAUCACCAAAAAUAAUAAGGAAUGCAAUUGAUCAUUGUCACCAUUUGGCCAUUAUUUCUGUUGGUCAUCUUUCUGAAAAGGUCAACACCAACGUUGCUGAUCCAGACUUUUCAAGAGAAAUUAAAAUAACUCUUCCGUUUGAAGAAAUUCCAGGUUACGCCACCUCAUCGUCCUUACAGAUUCUAAAUUAUAAUAAUAGAUUACCUGUGAGUAUUCUACGUGGUUCUAUUCCUAAGGGCUCACAUAUGCCAGGAAGCCGGAAUCUCAAAGCCUAUAAAACGGUGGGAAGUCUUGUCAUCUGUUUCACCGUCUGCUGGUGUCCGUCACUGAGCUUCGCCAUGGUGUUUUUCCAGUUGAUUGACAGCCUUCCCCCAUGGCUCGUGGUAUCAGUUAUGUGGAUUGCCUACUUAAAUGCGGCCAUCAACCCGCUACUCUAC